UAUUUUAAUUAUAAUAAAUUAGUGGAAGCCCACAAUUGGGUUUUUCAAAAAUUCCUAACAGCCAUUGAAUUAGAAGUUACUCCAGUUAUUAUUGACAAUACAAAUUGUGAAGCUUGKGAAAUGGAAAAAUAUGCUAAAACUGCUGUGAAUAAUGGAUAUUGGAUUGAAAUUGUUGAACCUAAUACAGAAUGGGCAUGGGAUAGUAUGGAGUUGUUCAAGAAAAAUGUACAUUCAGUACAAUAUGAUACUAUAAUUUCUUUCCUUCGUCGAUAUGAUCGUAAUAUCACUGUUGAUAGUCUGUUAGCUAAAUAUAAAUUAAAAUACAAUAAGAAAACCCAACCACCAAUACAAUCAAACAGUGCUAAAACUUUCCAGCUUUGUGACAAUCUGAUAAAUCAAAUAGAUGUAGCUUAUGAAACCCAAAUAGAGAAUAUUGACAAUUUCAAAGAUUUGUGUGUGUCACAAAAACAAAAAAAAGUAAAAAGUAAAAAAAAAAAAUCUACUCCUGUUAACAAUAAUGAUGAAGAUGACUCUUUGAUUCCUACAAUUAAUAAAACACAAGAAAAAUAUGAAGAAGAAGAAGAUAUUUUUGAAGGCAAUGAUUAUGAAAGCCUGUCCCAAGACAUUCCUGAUAUGAAUGAAGAAUCUCAUUUAUCGGUAGUAUAUCCUUCAAAUUAUGUCAAUAAAGCUGUUAACACAUCUGAAAAUGAUUUUUUAUUUAUGGAUGUCCUAAAUGAAAUACCUGAAGAAGAGUACAGUAGCUAUGUUGUUUUUGGAAGAAACAGAAAUAUUAACGAAGGAAAUCUAAGUAUUUUGAAUUUACCUUGUGGAAAAUUAGAUAAAGGAACAAUAACUAACGAUCUUAAAGAAAUGAUACCUAAACUAAGCUUAAAUAAACUUUGUCAACGAUUCCCAGAAAAUAUCUCUUCAUUAAUUAUUGAAUUAUUUGAUAAAUGCGAAGGAAAUAUUGACUGGAUUGUAGAUAUGUUGGUAGAGUCCGGACAUAAUAUAUCGAAGCAACAACUGUGUAGUUUUAUAGAGUACGAAGAAAAUUAUUGUAUUAAAAAUGUUCAACGUCAAGACUCCAUUGAACUUUUGAAACGAAAUAAUGAACUAGAUAAUAAUUUAUUUAAUUCUCCAUCAAAUUCACUGUCAAAAGCAGUUAAUACAAUCGCUGAAGUAACUGAUUGUAAAAAGAAAAAACUUGGAAAAAAAGUAGAGAGAACAUUUAAUKUAAAUGAUGAUUUAAGGAAAAAUAUUGAAAAUAAAUUUACAUUUGGUGAUUCGUUGUAUUCUGACCAUGUUUUAAAAAUAAAAAAAUUUAAAGAAAAUCAAAAUGCAAUAGAUAAUACUGAUUUAAUUUCUCAAAGUUCUGAAAGUGUUGAAGAAGAUCCUAUGUUUGAAAAAGAUGAUGCAGGAAACUUUGUUCAAUUAGUUAUGGAUAGAARUGUUCUUGCUCAAUUAUGUGAUUAUUUCGGCGAUUUUUCUCCUAAUUUUAAUCAAAAUACAUUACUAAUGCCAGUGAAAUUACCUGAAAAAUUGGCUGAAGAACUUUAUUAUUAUUUGAUUGCAAAUACACCUUUAGAUGUUUGUAAUCAAGAUGCCAUUUUACAAGGUAAUCAUUGUUUAUUUUAA